GGGUGGGAACUCAGACAUCAAAAUGAACAGCGGGCUUCGUCUUCGAGCUGUCUUCUUCUCGUCCUGUUUCGUUUUACUGACAGCACGAGCUGUUGUCACCGGACCAGGUGCGUCCUGCCUCAGAGUCUCGAGUCUCGGCACCGACGGACAAACGCUCGUCACGUUCCUGCGCGAGGACGCGGCUGGCGCGCGACUCCUGUACCUCACCAGGUGGAGUGACGAGGCGCGGCUCGUCUCGUGCGAGAUAAACUCACAUCCGAGCGUCACGGAAGGAUACCGGCGUUCAUGCGACGGAAAGAAAAGUUGGGGUGAUGAAGAAGUGUCGCGGGGGGUUAACGUCAGCAUGCUGCUGUCUCGGGAUGCCCUGUGCGCGCGCUCACCUUCUCGCGCUCCGGAGUUUACCGAGCGCACGAGACGAGACGGGACCGAGGGCAGAGGUCGGAGGAAACGGUCCUGGAUAUUUCCAGGCACUUUGUGGUGUGGCAGCGGGACCAAGGCGGAGGGAUACGAACAGUUAGGCAUGUUUGAGAGAGCAGACAGGUGCUGCCGGGAGCACGACCACUGCUCGCACAUCAUCCCAGCUUUCACAGUGAACUACGGCGUUUUCAACCCCAACUUCUACACUGUCUCACACUGUGAGUGUGACCGAAGGUUCCGACAGUGCCUUCUGGGCAUGAACGAUAGCAUUUCAAGUAUGGUGGGCUACAGUUUUUUCAGCAUCCUGAAGGUUCCUUGCUUCGAGCUGAAGCAGCUGAAGCGAUGCACUCAGAUGUACUGGUGGGGAAUGUGCAAAGUUGCCAAAAAGGCUCCAUAUGCUGUUUUCAAAAGCCCCCUGCCUUACAACAGCUCGGAUGUUUCAGGCCAACAAGACAACAUGAACUUAACAAACAGUGAAGAACAGCGUUUACCUGAAGCCUACAUGUUAAGACCUCAAAGGAAACCUCCCAAAACUAAACAUAGAUGUGAUGCCAGAGACUCUCCCAGAGGAGACACUUUUCACCACAGGACCAAGGGGAGCGGAUGUAAAAGGCACCAGAAGAUACCUGGACCAGGACACUCACAAGUGUCCACAACACCCAGGACACGCAUCACUACUCACCCUCCCAAACGUCAGACGCCAGUUAAAAAAAGAUUUGGAAAAAAGAAGAAUAAGAGAAAGAACCUCACAGGUCUGCAGAAAAAGUUGACAAGAGUUGACCCUCAGACACAAACAACACAUUCACCUACUUCGCCGUUAAAACAGAGGCUGAAACCCCAACACCAAACAAAAACAAGAGACAAAGAGGGGACUACAAGUAUAAAACAUAAAAAUGAAUUUCCAAAGCAACACAUCUAUUGUGGCUCCAGGAAUAACUCCUCUCAGUUAUAUUGUGAAAACUGUCUAAAGCAAGAAACAGCAUCCCAUGUGACAACUAUUAUUCUGGGAGAAACAAAAACAAAAGGAUUAACAACCAACUGGGUGAAAAACAAGAAAGAGAACCUUAAAAAGACAACAAAAAAAUCAGAUCAGGGCACGUCUGGAAAUGUUGGGAGUGCAGCUGUUUAUCCAACACCCAUUGUAACGAAACGAAUGACAACAGCCGCUGUUUACAGAGAUGAAAAGUCACAAAAGUGGCUGGAUCUCCAUCUGCUGUCGAACCGUACAACUCAGCAGCCCUCAGGUGGUACUGCAGCUGCAAGCAUCCAAGCAGAAAAAGACCCAGUCUGUAAGAACCAGCUGCCUAAUGUGACAGACAGUCGGCUCCAGUGUCAAAGCCUCAAACACCUGGAUGAUUGUAAAUUUAAAAUUCCUCCAUUAGAGAAGAAAUAUAAUCUACAGAACAUGGAGUUCAAGACUGCUUACCACUGUGACUGCACCAGCCGCUUGGCUCUUAAGAUGGAAAGCUUCAGGCACCUCAGUAUUCCCCGCUCCCUCCUGGUGGAUUUUGUCUCGGAGCAGUGUUUCACUCUGCCAAAGGAGAAAAAAUGUAAACGCAAAAAAAGAUGUUCUCGAGGCUUCACUAAAGCCUUUGACCUACAUCAAGCACUUAAGAAGCUAAAGGAAAACGACACAGGGAUUGGAGUUUUUAGUGACAGAAAGAAAAGGAUUCCUCUUCGCCUUUAUAAGCACUGCCUGAAGCUAAACAUGAAAGCACAGCCUAAAUGACUGAAGACUGAACUUUUUUGCAGCAAUAAUGUUAAAAGCUUCACAUUUCACUGAUAUUUUACAUUUUUUCUCAUUAGAUGAUACACAAUGGUUAGUAUUUGGUUGGCUAUUGUAAUACUUUACUUUGAUAUAAACAUGUGUUUUAAAAACUUCACCAGAUGUGGAAAUAAAUAUAGCUUAUUGUACUGUUUGAAUCUAACAAUUUACAGUCAUUCUUAUUUUAAUAAUAGGGCAAACCAUUGCUUAUAUAUAGCAGAAUGUGCAUAUUGGUGUAAAGAAACAAAACCAGCUCAUUUAUGAUUCUGAAAGAGAAAAAUCAACUGCCUGUAAUCGCAACAUAAAUAUUUUUUUAAAUUAACAAAUAAUGUUUUUUUUUCUUUUUGCCUUGGUUACUGUGCAGGUUGAAUCACAAAUCCAUUCUAAUGCAUUGUGUGCAAUAUUAAUCACAAUAGUAUUAAUAAAAGUGAUGACACAAAUA